AAGCGCAGGGCCGCAGGAUGUGUUAUUGAGGGCAGUCGGAAGCACGCACCUUGGAAUGCUAGAGAUUUAGCAACUCCAAAAUUUGCAAACUGCAUCCCAUCAGGGUGUUUGCGUUCGUCUGCACUGUUUAUGGUUUUCGAAUGCUGCCGAAGCCAUUCCAAAACCAUAAUAACAACGGCUUCACAAACAGAAAGUGUGUCGUUUAUAUAUUUUGUUCUGCGCGAUGAGCGAAUUCUGCGCAGUCAUGCGGAGUGUUCCCCUUCUUCCGCGCCUUUUGGUUUUCUGUGUAAUUUUUCUUGACAAUCAGCAAGUGAAUCCUGCUACGGAAUUAUUUUUGAGCAGUGAGGAUGGGCGAAUACACGUGGAGAUGGACUCUUUGUUCGCCGUGCGGAAUCCUGCCGAUGUCUUCGCCUUCCUAGACCAAGAACAAAGCAUUACCGAAAUGCAGGAGCUGGAAGAAGCUUUGGGCAAAAUGCGCAGUCGUCUGGAUGAGCUGAUGAACCGCGACGACGACGAUGUGGAUAUUGAGAAAGUGAUACUGAGAAACGAACCUGACUGUAUGCGCGCUGGUGAUUUGUACAAGAAACUCAACUUGUUCGAAAGCGUUGUGCUUUCGUUGGAAGCAAAAGGGUUCAAAACGGAGGAAUUCAUUACAACUUCUAGAACCAAAAUUUCUCGUUCAGCGGCUGUACCUGACUGUGCACAAUCUGUCAACGGAGACAGCACCGUUGGACUGCUCGGACAGUUGAAAGGUUACCAAAAGGGGCGGGGUCUGCAAGUAGCUCCCGAAGGGGACAUCAUUCGUGAAGUGACGGCUGGUUUAACUCCCGUGGAAUACGGAACAAGUGUCUCCCAAGCUAUGAAGAAAAAUAAUACUUCGUGGAUUUUAUUCAACAUGGCAACAUUUUAUUAUCGGAUUGUCGGUGAUGCCAAUACUGCUAUGGAAUGUGCACGGCGAGCUUUGCACUUUUCACCUCGAGAACAUAGGGAUAUUGCGCUAUUAAAUAUGGCUUCUCUAUUAUUUCGCGGUGAUUAUCCCCGAGAUGCAUUGGCGAUGGCUAGCAUGGCGCUAGAUAUGAGCGGAGAGACCUCUGCGGGUUACACACUUUUGGGAUUUAUGUUAGCGUCUCUUUCGAAGUUCGAAGAAGCCGUGGAGGCAUUUGGGAAAGCCAUCCGGCUUAGCAAACGAAAGAAUAAACUUCGGGAUUAUCAGUUUGCUAUCAAGUGCCAUGCUAAGGUGCAUAAAGGAUUGUCGGAUCAGCACAAAGGACUGCGGGAUGUUAUCCGUCAGUUUGAAAAAAUUGGAGAAACGACUAGAAAGAUUGAGUAUUUGAUGUCAUCCAUACACGAUGCCAAGCGACCGUCGGCUGGAGGCCUUCUUGGUGACUACGAAAAUGGGAAAGGGUACAGUCACACAUUCCAAGCGGACGGUUCAUAUGUGAUUACCGAUCUGAUCUCUCCGAUAGAGCCUCCUCGAUGGCUCAGUUCUGUGGAUCUUAGUGAUCCGUCAGACCCAAUCAAGUUUGGACAGGUCUUUAUUCCCGAAACCGAUUAUCAUUUUUUUGCGACGGAUUGGCCCACAAGUGAAGAGUGCGCUCUUCAUGUAGCAAAAGAAAGGUUAAAUUUUAAAACUGAAAGUGUGCUUAUCCUACUGGAACAUAAAGGUUUCCCAUUUUGGUCUGUUGUGGGUCCGCUGCAUUUGCCUGGCCACGGAUUCCCGUUGCCAUAUUGUGAGCCGUAUAGUGCACCUCAGAUUUCUGAAUUAGCAGCAGCGAUGGAUGAGGCGUUCGACAGCGAUGAUUCUGUACGUUACCUGGAUCACGGAAUGAUCAAGGUCAUCUCUGAUUACUUAGCGGAAUGUGAACGGCUGGAAGUUUUUGGGCGCAAGAUGUCGAUGGCGUUUAUUUUGGGAAUUUUGCCAUCUUGGAUGUACUAUAAUAUGGCCGCGGUUUACUGGAGGGCAAUUGGGGCCACAAUACGAGCAGCGGAAUGUUUGAAGCGUGCAUAUGCUGAUGUGCCUCCAAAAUUCAAAGAUGUGGUGCUGAUAAACAUGGCCACUUUCUUCAGUUUCGUUAAUGAAACAGAGAUGUCCUUGGCGAUGGUUAAGGAAGCAGUAGAGGUUACGGCUCUGGAGCCGGCUACAUUGUUUACGAUGGGAAAUGUUCUCGGAGCUCAUGGUUUCCUCAGUUUGGCUGUGAAAAACUAUCGUCUGACCCUCACGCAGGAUGUCUCGUUCUACCCUGCACUGGAAGCGUUACGGAAAACUCGGUGCGCCCAGAUAGCCAUGGGUGCAACUGAAAAGUCUUUCUCGGCUGAUAAAGUCCUGGAAAGUCUAGGCAAUGGUGUGAUUGAGAUUGGCAUUUUUGAUACUAGCACUGGCUUGCAAAUUGUAAGUAAGCGCACAACGUCUGAUAAUUCCGCUAAAGGCGAAUCUUCUGAUUUCAGCCAGAAACUUCACAACCUGAUUAACGAUCUGAAGAAGCCGAAAAAAAUAAAUAAAGCGAAAUAA